GAAAGCCACAGCCACAGCCACUGGUUGGGCCUUUCUGUGUGUCACAGCAAGAAGGUUCUGGGAUUCGAACCCAGAACCUUCUUGGUGUGAGGCAAAAGUGCUAACCACUACACCACCGUGCAGCCCUGUAUGAUCUUGGAACUCAGAAUUAUGACUACCCAGUCGGAAAUUGCAAAUGUAAUGGAACCAACCCGACUUCCAAGGUUAAGAAGAGCACCCUAUCCAAGCAUUGGUGUCAAUGGGGGACAAGCCUGACUCCUUCGUAGGGUCCAGGGAGUGGAUCGGAACGUUUGAAGCCUCCCUGGUCCUUGACCAUUUCUAUGAUGUUCCCUGUAAGCUGGUACACAUAAGAGGCGGAGAGGCACAGCUGGAGCACGUUGCAGUGGAAGAGCUCCAUCAGCACUUUGAGAAGCACGGGUCACCGGUCAUGAUGGGAGGGGACAGGGACAAUUCCUCUAAGGGCAUAGUAGGGGUGUGCACCGGGGACAAGGGGAGCUACUUGCUUGUCGUUGACCCCCACUACUAUGGAUGUCAGCUGGAGAUGUCCGAGCUGCAAAGGCGAGGGUGGGUGGCAUGGAAGAGAGUGUCAUCUCUGGACCAGAGUUCGUUUUAUAAUCUGUGUAUGCCUCAGACUGCCAAAAAGGGAACGAAAGAUUAAGUGGCAGACCCAUGUCUGUGUCAGACCUACAGGUCAAUCAUUAGUUGUAAGGAUGAACUAUUGCAAAUCGUGGGAUAUCCUAUUUGAAUAUAAUCGUGUCCUAUUGGAACCGGAACAAUAUUGAUAUUGUCAGUAUGUAUUUGGAAAAGUAGCUGCAAUGCCAUCCUGUGGAUGAAAUUAAUAAUUACAAUGUAUUUAAAGAACACUGGGAAAAAAAAAGAAAAAGAUGAUCAAUUGAUUUGUUGUUCAAUUAAAAUCCUUCUUUGACACA